AGUGUGAUAGCACCUGGAUGUGAUGGAAUCUCGUCCCAUCUUCAUCCACCUUCCCCAUCUCCAUCCACCCAACACACGUGUUUGGGGUUCUGUGUUCGGUUUUGCGGAACAAGAUGGCCCUGUUCAUGAUCCGUUUCGAGCAUCGGACAGGAACUCUGUUGUGUGGCCGAAUGUGGGGCCGGAUUCGACAAAUCCGCUUCCGACUGCUGAAGCACUGGGCAAAAAUCUGCUGCGUGCAUCUGGUGCACCGGAAAUUGGGAAGCGAACGACGAAAUUCAUCCUUGUUCCGGCUACGAUCAUCCGACACUAUAGUCUCUCUUUUGGUGUGGCUCUGGCACUGCUCGCGUGCAUGCGUACGUCGAUCCUUCCUGCCGGCCAUCUCUGACCCUUAACAAGCGGUGCACGCGGAACAGACGGACGAGGAACAGAGCAAACGCUUCAUUUGCUUGUUUUCAUUUUUCGGCCAUCAUUCAUUGCAUACAAAACCGAGAACGCGAAAUAGUUCGUUAGUAGCCUUUAAAAGGUUUAGUUGCUUUGUUUCGUACGUUAGAUUUUUAGUGAAAUUUAUCUCAACAGAUUAGCAGCAGAAUGUUCAACGAGUUUUCUUACAAGUUUCUACAAUUUGUUUACGAUACAACACUCUGUAAAUUGAAAAGAUAAAUUUCACUAAUCAUCCUACUUUUGUUUCGUAAAUCGAUCGGUAAAAUGUACAAAAAAAGGUUAGCGAAAAAAAAUCACGAGCAUUAUGAUCUCUUAUUAAAUAUUAACCUUUUUUCUGUAACACUUUCCGAUCAGUUUAGAAUUUAUUCUUAUCUUAUUUUUCUUCUUUUAAUUCUUUAAACUAAUUAGUUCAAAUCUUGUCAUCAACUAAUGUUUUUCUUCUUUCUUGUAAUAUAAUAUUCCUACUUCAUUUGAGUUCCCGAAUGGGUAUAAAAUUAGUAAUUUACAAGAUUUUUUGAUAAAAAAGGAAACUGUAACUAAUUAAGAAUUUUUGACAAUAUUCUUUGUUUGUUUUAACUAUAUUUUACAUAUUCGAAUGAAUCACUUUUGCUCGUUUAAUAUUAUUUGACAUUUUUAGACAUUUUUAAACGUUUUUAUGAUAUUUUUUUCAAUUCAAAUGAUUAUAAAUAUUUUGUGGAUUUUGUAACCUCGUUUGAAGAAAAUAUUAUUGCCAAAUUCCCAAAGAAUUAUUUCUUACACUCUGCAAACUUAGUUCAUACACCCCACUAAUCAUUCCAUCCCAUUUUCAUCUUUUAAUAUUAUUUUAUUGCACAACGUAAAUUUUCCUUUAUUAUUUGCUAAUUCCCAUAACUUUUUACUUUGUUGCAAAACGAACAAACACACGUACGCGCGCGCACCAUCACAACAAGAGAAAACGAAACCAAAGCAAUCAAUCUAUCCUAACGUCGUGUUGCCGUGCCGUUCCGGAAGCUUACCGUUUGCCGUCUUGCGGAGCAGUAACCUGGGGGACCAGUAACUAAUCGACCCAUUCUCCCUUU